AUGAGGCCGAUCCUGAUGAAGGGCCACGAGCGCCCGCUGACGUUCCUGCGCUACAACCGCGACGGGGACCUCCUCUUCUCUUGCGCCAAGGAUCACACCCCCACGGUCUGGUACGCCGACAACGGUGACCGCCUCGGCACCUACCGGGGCCACAACGGCGCCGUCUGGACCUGCGACGUCUCCCGCGACUCGGCGCGCCUCAUCACCGCAUCCGCCGACCAGACCGCCAAGCUCUGGGAGGUCAGCACGGGGAAGGAGCUCUUCAGCUUCCGCUUCGACGCGCCUGCCAGGUCCGUCGAGUUCGCCAUCGGGGACGCGCUCGCCGUCAUCACCACCGACAACUUCAUGGACCACGUCCCCACCGUCCAGGUCAAGCACAUCGCCGAGGACAUUGACGACCAGACGGACGAGUCUGCACUCGUCAUCACUGGCAUCAAGGGGAGGAUAAACAGGGCCGUUUGGGGGCCUCUGAACAGGACCAUCAUCACUGCCGGGGAGGACGCCACCAUUCGCAUCUGGGACUCAGAGACUGGACAACUGCUGAAAGAGUCUGAUAAAGAAUCUGGACAUCAGAAGACCAUUUCAUCAUUGUCAAAAUCCUCUGAUUGGUCACAUUUCAUUACUGGCUCCUUGGAUAAAUCUGCUAAGCUAUGGGAUACAAGAACGCUAACCCUGAUCAAGACGUACGUCACAGAGAGACCUGUUAAUGCUGUUGACAUCUCUCCUACACAUGAUACAGUAGUUCUAGGAGGUGGUCAGGAUGCAAUGAAUGUGACUAUGACAGACCGCCGUGCUGGUAAAUUUGAGGCUAAAUUCUAUCACAAGAUUUUGCAAGAGGAAAUUGGUGGUGUUAAAGGACAUUUUGGGCCAAUUAAUGCUUUAGCAUUUAAUCCUGAUGGGCAGAGCUUUUCGAGUGGUGGUGAAGAUGGAUAUGUAAGGCUGCAUCAUUUUGAUUCCGACUACUUCAACAUCAAGAUGUUGUUUGAGACCCAACUGGUACAGUUUCUUGGUUCAUAUGUUGCUGGUUGA